AUGGCGUACAGCGGAGCAGGAGGAGCUCAGUCUCUGCGUUGGGCAAAAGGGAAGAAGGGUUUUGAGUUUAGGGUUUCUACUUCGUCGAGAGAAAAUGGGAAAGAGAGAUCUAAAAGUGGCUGUUUUGGCUGCAAGGAGGAUUCAACUCUGAGCCACAUUUAUGUAAAGUUUAAAGAUGGUGGUGAUGAUUGGUUGGCUGCGGUAAAUGGUGGUGAUCGACAGUGGCAGGAGGUGACGAUCGAUAAUGAUGGUGGUGCCCGACGAGUGGCGGUGAGUAGUAGUCGGAGGCAGGUUAAGGCGGUUAGUGGUGGUGACCGGAGGCAGGUGAGGCGCAAAACGGUGGACCCUGCGUCGUGCGAGUGCCAAUCGACUGUUGGUGGGCUUCGUCGGGUGCAAACUUCUACCGAUAAGGUCCGCGCCGGGAAAGGUAAGCCAAUGAUGGCGGCAGCGGCGGCGGCGAAGGGUGGUGCCGUUCUCCUCCCUGCCUCGGUCUUAUCUGUUGGCUUACGACUUUUCCCCUCUUGUCGUUCCAAUAUUAUUUCUCUCGUCACCGGUAGCAAGACUAGCCUCCACCGCCGCAUUUCCAUAUUUACUUCCGGUCGUUCCUGCCACUCAUUGUCGCCGGCCGCGGUUACGGGAGAAGCAUCUUCCACAACUGUGGUGGUAGAAUCCACCGAUGAAGCUCCGAAGCUUGCGCAUGAUGACCCCGUGAAGGAAGCGGCUGACGUGCUUGACAUCCGCGUGGGUCGAAUCCUUAGGGCGUGGAGGCAUCCUGAAGCUGAUUCUCUCUACGUUGAGGAGGUGGACGUGGGAGAGACUGAGCCUCGCACUAUAUGUAGCGGCCUUGUUAACUACGUUCCCCUUGAUCAUCUUCAGGACAUUAGAGUAGUUGUUCUGGCAAAUCUCAAACCCAGGAACAUGCGUGGCAUUAAGUCAAAUGGAAUGUUAAUGGCUGCUUCUGAUGCACCUCAUGUGACAGUAGAGCUCCUUUUACCACCUGAAGAUUCUGUUCCUGGUGAAAGAAUUUGGUUUGGUUCUGAAGAGGACAAAGACAAACAACCUGAUGCUGCUACACCUAAUCAGGUUCAAAAGAAAAAGAUAUGGGAAUUGGUCCAACCUCAUCUCAAAACUACAGAUGAAUGUGUGGCUGUUUUAGGAGUUCAUCCCAUGAGGACUUCAGCUGGGUUGAUUACUUGCAGAUCUCUGAAGAAUGCAAACAUUUCCUGAUUGGAUUGCCCUCAUCCAAUUCUGUUUCAUUUCUUUCAAAGCCUUGCAGUCCUGAUUAAAAUGCUUUUAUACUGCAAUGUAAGUAACAGAUGACGAUGAUUAUUAUUAUUAUUUUUUAUGAAUUGGGUAAAGUUUUUUAUCUUGGUCAAUCAUUAAGUGUUUAAUGGUGGCUGUGAAUUACUCAAUUGAAUUUUUAAAUCUACUUUAUGUGCCAAUUCUGCUGUAAACAUCCCUGUUGUAAAUUAAUUUAUUAUAUUGUCUGAUA